AUGCUUCGGAUGUUGGAAAAUGGAAAGCUAUCUGAGGAAAAGACGGAGUCUGACGGCGAAGAUAGCGAUUUUUAUCUAAAUCCUAGGGAUUUGCAGUCUAUUCUUGAAGAAAAUUCGUACAGUGUUGGGGACAGCGGUAUUGGUGAUGUAAUUUUGGGUGACCCAGUUGGAGAUGGUUGCCAAAACCUUGCAGAUACAGAGGAUAUUCCAGAUCCACCUUUGAUCGACGAGGUGCUGAAUGUAGUACGCCCAGUUCCACAAAUAUGGGUAGAAAUUUAA